CAGGGAGAACAUUUUAAACAAUCUGUAGUUGGACCUAAUAUGGAUGAUAGUGCUUCCGAUGAAUUCCGGAACAAGUCUGAUCAUCCCAGGUGCAAAGCGAACUUUCUAUCUAACCUAUUUUUCUGCUGGGGCUUGCCAAUCUUUUACAAGGGCUGGAUAAAAGAUUUCGGCGAGGAUGAUUUAUAUAAACCACUAAAAGAACACGAAUCUCACCGGCUCGGCGACAAAUUGGAAGAAGAAUGGAAGCUGGAGCGAAUGCAUCACGCGGAACCGCUGCUUUUGAGGGCCUUAUGGCGUAUGUUCCGUAAAGAUAUCAUUUUAUUUGGCAUUAUUCUGUUCGUGCAAGAAUUUAUUUUGGGGUUGUCGCAACCGCUUGCCCUGGGCAAACUUAUGCAAUAUUACGUACCAAAGCAAACUACCGUUACCCUACAAGAAGCCUAUUGUUAUGCUGGGCUCCUGAUUAUGUCAUUAUUCUUGUCUGUUGUCAUAACGCAUAGCUAUAUGUUGGCCAGCUUACAUUUGGGGAUGAAAAUGAGGAUUGCAUGUUGUUCAUUAAUAUACAGAAAAACCCUUAAACUCAGCAAAACAGCUUUAGUAGAAACAACCAUAGGACAAAUGAUAAAUCUGUUGUCAAAUGAUGUGGCCCGGUUCGAUUCCUGCAUGAGAUACUUUCAUUACCUCUGGGUGGCGCCCCUGGAAACUAUACUCAUCAUGUAUUUGCUGUACUAUGACGUUGGAUUGACGUCAUUGUCUGGAUUUGGGCUUAUUGUACUGUUUAUGCCUGUACAGAUGAUUAUGGGAAGGCUACAAUCAAAAUUCCGACUAAAAACCGCAAUGAAAACCGACGAUCGGGUAAGAAACAUGAACGAAAUAAUAUCAGGAAUCCAAGUAAUCAAAAUGUACAAUUGGGAAGAUUACUUUUCGACACUCAUAGAAAAAAUAAGAAGGAUGGAAAUCAAGCAAAUCCGUCUCGCAUCCUACAUCAGAGCCAUUCACGUCUCCUUCAGUAAAUUCAUCACUCGAACGUCAAUUUUCCUCUGCAUCCUAACAUACACCCUCACCGGAAAUCGUCCAAAUGCGGGCUUUGUCUACGUCGUCCAAUCUUUUUACAACAUCAUCAAAACAGCAAUGACCAACAAUUUCCCUCAGGCAGUCACCGACCUUGCAGAAACUCUAGUCUCCAUUAAAAGGAUCGAAAUGUUUCUGCUCUUCCACGAAGUCAAAAAGCUCCAAAUCAAGCAAAAUCAGAGAAAAAUCAUCCAUUCUUCCACACCGUUAAUAAAUGCCGCCAGCAAAAAGUCCGUGGGGAUUUAUUUGCACGACGUUUCAGCCAAAUGGAACAAGUAUCUUCAGGAAAAUACUCUAUCAGGAAUUAAUUUCAAUGUUGGCCCCAAACAACUAGUGGCGAUAGUUGGAGCAGUUGGUUCCGGAAAAACCUCAUUACUGCACGUAGUAAUGCAGGAAUUAUCGAUGACCAAAGGCCUCAAGGAUAUAGUUGGACAAAUUUCCUAUUCGUCGCAAGAACCGUGGCUUUUUGCUGGUACUAUACGUCAGAAUAUUCUUUUUGGAGAGCAGUACAUUAAAAAACGUUACGAGCGCGUGGUGAGAGUUUGUGCUCUGGAAAGGGACUUUGAGAUUCUGCCCUUCGGUGACAAAUGCGUCAUAGGCGAUAGAGGUGUUACUUUGAGUGGAGGACAACGGGCUAGAAUUAAUUUGGCUAGAGCAGUGUAUAAAGAAGCGGAUAUUUAUUUGUUGGAUGAUCCAUUGUCAGCCGUGGAUACUCAUGUAGGGAAAAAAUUAUUUGAGGAUUGUAUAACAGGUUUCCUAAACAACAAAUGCACCGUACUAGUAACUCACCAGCUGCAAUAUCUCAAAUCAGUAUCCAGAAUAUAUAUUAUGGAAAACGGAAAAAUCACUGCCAACGGCACCUAUCAGGAAAUCCAAAACGGCGAUGGUGAAUUUUCAAAACUAUUUAAAGCCCAGAUUGAAGAAGAAGACGAUUUUACUGACAAUCCAGAUGCAAAAUUCAACAUUUGCGAACCAGCGGAAGACCAACCAUCAGAAAUAAAAGAAACUAGAGAAACUGGUACUAUAGCAGGCAAGGUUUACAUGGCCUAUUUUAAAGCGGCUGGAGGCUGGUGCUGCGGUAUUUUUGUGCUAUUUUUAUUCGUUAUCACUCAAGUAGUUUCUACUUCUGCUGAUUAUUUCGUUAAAUUCUGGGUCAAUCUCGAGCAAACCCGAUCCGAAAAACUCAUCAGAAACGACACAAUCUUCAAAUCAUACGAGGACGAAAUUUAUUUGGAAAAAAACUAUGAUAAAAUCAUUACGUUUGGCAUUAAGGAAGAGGAAAAAACUUGGAUUGAUGCCUUUUUUACCACGGACGUUUGUUUUUACUUUUAUUCAUCAUUUGUCGUAGCUGUAAUAGUGCUCACUAUUGUCAGAUCCAUAACGUUUUUCCAGUUUUGUAUGAUGGCAUCGGUAAAAAUGCAUAAUAUUAUGUUUGGAAGGAUAAUCAAUGCCACAAUGAGAUUCUUCAAUACCAAUUGUUCCGGAAGAGUUUUGAACAGAUUCUCCAAAGAUAUGGGCGCCAUUGACGAGAAACUUCCUUAUGUACUUAUUGAUACUAUACAGAUAGCCCUAAAUGUUUUAGCCGUCAACAUAGUUAUCGCCUCAAUAGACGCGUGGAUUCUAAUACCAACUUUCGUUAUAGCCGCAAUGUUCUACUUUUACAAAAACGUUUUUCUGAGAACCAGCAGGAAUAUCAAGAGGAUGGAAGCUACCACUCGUAGUCCAGUUUUCUCUCACAUCAAUGCCUCUCUUCAAGGAUUGACAACGAUAAGAGCCUACGGAGCCCAGGAAAUACUGAAAAAGGAAUUCGAUAACUUUCAGGACAUACACAGUUCGGCGUUUUACAUGUUUUUGUGUAGCAAUCAAACUUUUGGAUUUUGGCUAGAUUUUCACUGUAUUAUUUUCACCGCUUUGGUCACUUUGAGCUUCUUCUUCAUUGGAAAUGAAACUUACGGUGGAAAUGUCGGCCUAGCCAUCACUCAAGCCAUGAGCCUCACAGGAAUGUUCCAGUGGGGCAUGCGCCAAUGGAGCGAACUGGAGAACAACAUGACGUCAGUAGAACGAGUAGUUGAGUACUCUGAAGUAGAUCAGGAAAUCAAGGCAGAAGUCAAAGAACCGCAAAAGAAUUGGCCCGAGCAUGGGUUGUUGGAAUUUAAGUCGGUUUAUUUGAGGUAUGCCACCAAUGAACCCUACGUGCUCAACAACCUUACCUUUAAAAUUAAACCUCGUCAAAAAAUUGGAAUUGUAGGCAGAACAGGAGCCGGAAAGUCUUCCAUAAUGGCAGCACUAUUUCGCCUUGCUGAUGUUGAAGGCAAAAUUCUAAUCGAUGGCGUUUGUACCAAGGAUAUUCCCCUGAAAACUAUGAGAUCUAAAAUAUCGAUUAUCCCACAAGAACCUAUCAUAUUUUCAGGUACUCUCCGAUCUAAUUUGGAUCCCUUCGAUCUUUACGAUGACAAAGCAAUUUGGAAUGCUCUGGCAGAAGUGGAACUAAAAGAUGUAGUGUCAGAUUUAAGAGGUGGUUUGGAUAGUAGGAUGUCUGAAAAUGGUUCAAAUUUCAGUUUAGGUCAAAGACAAUUGAUUUGCCUGGCCAGAGCUAUAUUGCGCAACAAUAAGAUUUUAGUUAUGGAUGAGGCUACUGCUAAUGUGGAUCCUAAAACUGAUGCCCUGAUCCAGACUACUAUUAGAACGAAGCUUGCUGACUGUACUGUGCUUACUAUUGCUCAUAGAUUACAUACAGUUAUGGAUUCGGAUAAGGUACUGGUGAUGGAUGCAGGCGAAGCUAUUGAAUUCAAUCAUCCGUACCUGUUACUCCAGAAUCCUGAAGGCAUAUUUUACGGUUUAGUCAAGGAAACUGGGAAAUCUACUUUCGAACAUUUGGCUAAUGUUGCCAUGGAGAGAUAUGAGCAAAUAUUGCAAGAUCGCCAAUAGCCAUUUGUACAACCAUGAUCCUCUUAUUAGAAAUAAUAUAAGGAACGUACCGUCCUCGUGUGAAUGGAUAAUUUAUGUGUCUCAAAAGUUAGCAGGAAAAUUGUUUUCCAAAAACGAUGCGCAUCACAAAAAAGAACAGAAGCAUUACAGAAUCUUGUAAUUAAUUUUAAGAUAGAUGUUUUUAGAUGUUUUUACAAUCUAAUUUAUUGUUUAGGUGUUAUUUUUUUAUUUAUUUGUUAUUGUUAUGCAAGAUUUUAUUAUUUAAAUACAAUUCUGUUUUUAUAUUAUCUCAAGUUUCAUUCCAUCAAUCAUCCAUUAACUGAACUUGUCAAUAAUUCAAUGAAACACAUCGCCCCUGUAGAGCGAGAAGGGGCUGUGUGCCAAAUACAAGAUUGUUGAGAAAACCAAGAAAACCUCGAAUAAAAUUGCAAUUUUGAUAAUUAUUAUUUAUUUGCAAUUAUUUGUACUUUUCUUGUCUACAUAAGUUUAUGUACAUGCCGCUUGUCACUUUUCUACAGAACGUGAGUUGGGGUAUGAAGAUUUCACGGCGGUUACUGUGGCGGUUAUCUCAAAAAUGGUUCAAUUGCCACUUGGCCCAUUUUAGCUCUACAGAGGCGACAUAAACAUUUUAUAUAUUCCAUUUAUUUCAUAUAAAUAAUAGUGUUCAACAAUAAAAUAUUUAAUUUUUUUACAAUAAUACAUAUUAUCCAUGAUAAAAAGAUACUAUCUAAUCAGCCUAAAGAAAAAGAAGAUUUAAAUAACUACUUUUUACUUGCCCAAAAAGGAUCUAAAGUACUCAAAGGGUCAAUAAUAUUUUCCUGCGCCUCCACAACAUUGACUUUAUUUUCCUCCUCAUUCACUGGAACAACUUCACUCAACUUUUUCUUCAAAUUAUCCUGCAAAAGCAUCUGCUUCAUGUAACCCAACAAAGCCUCAUAGGCAAACUUCAAAUGCUCUCUGUCCCUCAAAAUAUUCUUCCUGAAAUUUCCUAACUUAGCACUCAUCAGUGCCAAAUCUGGAAUCGAUGUUGAUUGGUUGGUUACUUCUAGAAUGGCGUUAGUUAGCAGACAUGUUAGUCCACUUCUACCAAUCCCCGAAGAGCAGUGAACUAACAAGGGAUGGCUGAUGGAUUUUUGUUGUUGGAACAGAGUUAUUAGUUCUAGAAUGUAGCUGAUGAAUGGCUCAGGGGUUGUUGGAAAUAAGCUG